AUGGACGUGGAAUCGGAGAAAUCGGAGAAAUCGGAGAAAUCGGAGAAACCGGUGAAACCGGUGUGCAGGGAAGCGGACGCGUGGCGCGACUCGGAACUGGACGGGUUUUGGUUCUUCGGCCUGAACAUCCCGCAGGUGGUGGAGGCGCUGGAGGCCCAGGAAGCGAGCCUGUACCACGCGUUCCCGCCCGCGGGCUACCCGUCGUACCGGUACCACCAGGUGCAGCCGCGCGUGGAGCAGGUGAUCCGCGUGCGGGAAGAGCGCGUAGAACCGCGGGGAGGGAGUGAGACACAGUUCGAGGAGAGCCAGAUCCAGCGAGUUCCGACGCGUCGCAGAGAGGUCAAUGGGGCCAAUGGGGCCAAUGGGGUCAAUGGGGUCAAUGGGGCCAAUGGGGUCAAUGGGGUCAAUGGGGUCAAUGGGGUCAAUGGGGUCAAUGGGGCCAAUGGGGUCAACGGGGUCAACGGGGUCAACGGAACCAUCGGAACCAUCGGAACCAUCGGAACCAUCGGAACCAUCGGAACCAACGGAACCAUCCCCGCGGUUGCUCCCGCCCCUCCAGGCCCCGAGAAGGCCAUGUGCAGCCGCUGCGUGCCGGUGCAGACGACGGUGACGCCGCUGGCGUGGACGCUCUCGACGCUGCGGCAGACGCUGAGCGACGCGCGGUCCCGCCCCGCGUGGGAAGCCGGCGACACGCUGGGCACGACGGAGCUGCUGCGGCAAUACCGGGCGCUGCAGUGCCGCGCGGAGAGCGAGCAGCCGAAAGUGAUCAAAAGCCCGAUCCACGGGUGGGGACUCUUCGCGAAAACGGCGUUCCGGCGCGGAAUGAUGGUGAUCGAAUUCGCAGGCGAAGUCGUGGGACAGGACGUGGCGAACGCGCGGGAGGCGGUGUGGGCGCAGGGCGCGGCGGUGAGGCGUAGAUACAACCGAAGGAACGUGGGCGGGUGCUAUUUCUUCCGAAUGGACGCGGAACACAUCGUGGACGCGACGGUGAAGGGAAACGAAAGCAGGUUCAUCAAUCACUGCUGCGAUCCCAACUGCGACGCGCGCGUCGUCAACAUCAACAACGAAAACAAAAUCAUCUUCUUCGCAAACCGAGACAUCAACCCCGGAGAAGAAAUCACUUACGACUACAAAUUCCAAUACGAGGACAGGGAACUGGUCUGUCUGUGCGGAGCCAAAAACUGUGUCGGAAGAAUGAACUAA